AUGUUCGUCGAAUUUUCGGAAUCUCCUGAUGGAUCUCUUAUUGGUGGAGGAGGUACCACAGAUCAGUUAGGAUUCCCACUGAGUCCACCGGCUCCGACUUCAUUCUGGAUUUGGUUCUAUUUGAGCGUUUUCUGCAAUUUGUUAUGCCUUGGACUCAACACCGUCUUCAGUGCUGUCAGUAUAAUAGAAAGACAUCGAACGUUUAGGAACUGCUUCUAUACAAUAGUACUUGCAUUCUCGCUGAGCGUGGUGGUGGGCAGUCUUUGCAACCUCGUCUAUCAGAUCCUUAGCCUCGCCGGUGUGCAAUCAAAAGGCUUUGAGAUAUUCUCCAUCUCUAUGGAUCUGGUUGUUUCGUUUUACUCCGCUCUGCUGGUGUUCUUUUUGGGGCUUAAUCGCUUUGCUGCUUUCUCAUCGACGAUCCUCCGUGAGCGCCUUAUGGAGAAAAAGGUUGUCCUUUGUGUUCUACUGGGACUUCUUGUGUUCUCUUCAAUGAUUGCCGUGCUGGUGUUGGAAAUGAGUGGAAUGCGAAGGGUUUCCCAUCAAAAUACCAUCUAUGCUACCAAGUACAUUUUGGUGACAAGCCACAUAUUCUACACACUCCCAAUUAUCUCUUCCGUUUUCUACCUCUUCGCAUACAAGUCGCUACGGUCCAAAAGAGAGGAUGCUGUCAGUGAUGUCACGAAAUCGCUACUGAACCGAGCUGAAAGAUGCAAUUUGAAACAAGGAGUAUCGAUUCUCAUAACCUACCUUGUGACAAGCCACAUAUUCUACACACUCCCAAUUAUCUCUUCCGUUUUCUACCUCUUCGCAUACAAGUCGCUACGGUCCAAAAGAGAGGAUGCUGUCAGUGAUGUCACGAAAUCGCUACUGAACCGAGCUGAAAGAUGCAAUUUGAAACAAGGAGUGUCGAUUCUCAUAACCUACCUUGUAUGUUCCUUUUUGUAUGCUGAAGCUUAUUAUGCUGGUCGAAUCAUACUAGUAAUGAGAGAUUUUCUUAGCAAAGCCGAGGUAACAGCUUCAUGCAGUUGUAUGCUGAGCUAA